AAGAAGGGAACUUCACUUGGCAUUGCUGAACGUUAUCACACCGGACACGGACGUGGGUGAAUGAAGUGCGCAGCUUGUCCUGAUCCGCAACGAUGUCCGACUUUAUUUUAGCCUUUUUGACCAUAUCGGGAAUAUUUCCAAUUGCCAAAAUGCUGACAACUGCGGUGGCAGAGCAAGGUACAAAAGCAGAGUUGGUGAAAUGUCCACUGAAUCAUAUGCAGUGUAUCGGCUCAAAAAGGUGCAUCCAUUUUAAUCAACUCUGCGAUGGAGAGAGAGAUUGUGAAGAUGGAUAUGAUGAAGGAGUACAUUGUCGAGAACUUCAGCCGAAGUGCCAAGAGUUGCUGUGUGAGUAUGGCUGUGUCAUGAUGAGAAACGUGACGUUCUGCUACUGUGCAGACGGCUUUGAGUUGGAGGAGGAUGGCCGAUCCUGCAGAGAUCACGAUGAAUGCAAAGUUCCUGGAACAUGCAGCCAGGCCUGCAUGAACACAUAUGGUUCAUAUAGAUGUAGCUGCACGGAAGGAUACCUCCUACAACCCAACAGAAGGUCCUGCAAAGCCAAGACGGAUCCUGGAGACAGACCACCUGUGUUGUUGAUAGCCAGUACAAACCAUAUCACAGUCAUGUACCUCAAUGGAUCUUCAAUACCAAACCUAAAGCCAUUGGAUACCAAUGGGACUAUUCACACAUUGGAUUUCAAUUACAAGGAGGAGUCACUAUGUUGGGUCUCCUCCACAAACUCCAAAGGUCACCUCUGGUGUUCCACCAUGACGAAGUUAAAGGGAUUUUCUCAAAUGCGAAGAGUAAAAACCGAAGAGAAUUUAGAGAACGUGAAACAUUUAGCCGUGGACUGGCUCACGAGAAACAUUUACUUUGCGGACACAGUAAGUGGCAGAAUAUUUGUCUGCAAUGAACAAGAUGAUACAUGCCUAACUGUAGUUGAUCUGGAUCUUCAAAACCCUGGUGGAAUCGCUCUGGAUCCAUUGGUUGGGAAAAUGUUCUUUACGAACUAUGGAGGCUCUGCCAAAUUGGAACGUUGCAAUAUGGACGGCACCAACAGAACCAAGAUAGUGGACCACAGAAUAGUGAAGCCCACGGCUGUAGCGUUGGACCUGAUUACUAAGCUGGUCUACUGGGCUGAUUCUGCUCUACACUACGUCGAAGUGGUAGAUUACGACGGGAGCAAUCGGCAUACUGUCAUCCAUGAAAUCUCAGUGGCACACCUCCAUGGAUUAUCUCUCUUUGAAGAUUAUUUGUUUGCAACACGCUCAGAGCCCUCCAAACGAACAAAAGUGGACAUUUUACAGAUAAAUAGGUUUAACAUCUUAGACGUUCAGACCUUAGCCACUGUGGAGAACUCAGUGGGAAUAAGAGUUUACCAGAAACUCACCCAACCAACAGUAAGGAGUAAUGCGUGUGAGGCUGAUUCGUCCGGGAGAACAGGAGGAUGUUCUCACAUGUGCCUCCUCAGAGGGAGUUAUAAAUCCAGAUCCUGCCGCUGUCGAAGAGGCUUCGUACUGGGAAGCGAUGGCAAGUCCUGCAAGAAGCCUAUGAAUGAGGUUUUCCUAUUCUAUGGUAGAGGGAGACCCGGCAUGAUCCGAGGGCUGGACCUGAAUAGCAAGUCGGAAGUUGAGCACAUGGUACAGAUUGACAAUCUAAUAAGCCCAAGAGCGAUAGACUUCCAUGCCGAGACUGGACACAUAUACUUUGCUGACACAACCAGCUUUCUGAUCGGCCGGCAGAGACUGGAUGGGACCAAUCGCGAAACGAUCCUCAAAGAUGACCUGGAUAACGUGGAGGGGAUCUCAGUGGACUGGAUAGGGAACAACCUGUACUGGACAAAUGAUGGCUACAGGAAAACAAUCAGCGUAGCUAGACUGGAGAAGGCUGCGCAAACCAGGAAAACGUUGCUGGAGGGAGACAUGUCUCACCCCAGAGCAAUUGUGGUGGACCUUCUGCACGGCUGGAUGUACUGGACAGACUGGGAAGAGGAUGAGGUGAACGACAGCGUCGGCAGAAUCGAGAAAGCCUGGAUGGACGGAUCCCAUCGGCAGGAGUUUGUCACUUCAGGCAUACUGUGGCCGAACGGGCUCGCCCUGGACCUCGGUUCCGGUCACAUCUACUGGUGCGAUGCCUAUUAUGACCACAUUGAGAAAAUCACUCUGGACGGCAACCACAGAACGGUGGUAUACAGCGGCGAAGAAUUAAAUCAUCCCUUUGGAAUAUCCCUACACCAGAAUUACCUUUUCUGGACGGAUUACAUGAAUGCCUCUAUCUUCCAACUGGACUUGCAGUCCGGCAAGGUGGUACUGUUGCGGAGUGAGAAACCACCACUCUUCGGCCUGUCCGUAUACGAUGCUCAAAGCCAGCAAGGUGAGAAUGCAUGUCGGGUGAGCAACGGUGGCUGCGCUAGCCUGUGUCUGUCCGUACCCGGUGGCAGAGUGUGUGCCUGUGCUGACUACCAGUUCCUGGACAAGAAUAACCUCACCUGUUCCUCCAAACCAGGGGACCACGGGGCGACUCAGAGGUGCGGGAGUGAAGAGUUUGAAUGCAGGAACCAUCGCUGCAUCCAGGCCUCAUGGAAAUGUGACGGGGAUGAUGACUGCUCGGACGGAAGCGAUGAGGAAGCACACAUCUGCUAUAAUCGCAGUUGCCCUGGCGAUCAGUUCAAGUGCCUGAACAACCGCUGCAUCCCCAAACUGUGGCUGUGCGAUGGGACCAACGACUGCGGGAGCAACGAGGAUGAGUCCAACAUCACCUGCUCCGCGGGGCCAUGCCAAGCUGAGCAGUUCUCCUGUGACAACGGUAGAUGCAUCCCUGAGAGUUGGCACUGUGACAGGGACGACGACUGUGGGGACCACUCCGAUGAGACCGCUUCUUGUGAUUUUCCCACGUGCGAGCACCUCACCCAGUACAGCUGUUCCAAUGGGAGAUGCAUCAGCGUGAAAUGGCACUGUGAUUCUGAUGACGACUGCGGGGACGGCAGUGAUGAGGUGGGCUGUGUUCACGCCUGCUCCAGUGCUCAGUUCCAGUGCGCCAGUGGGAAGUGCAUCCCCAACCACUGGGCCUGUGACGGAGAUGACGACUGUGGGGAUAACAGCGACGAGAACACCACCUGUGCUGGAACAGCCUCUGUUACAGCUGAUGACUGCAGUCCAGAUGAAUUUCAUUGCCGUGACGACGGCGGCACUUGCGUCCCCGAACGCUGGAGGUGUGACGGGGACAAGGACUGUGAAGACGGGAGCGAUGAGGCGGACUGUGAAGACACCAGCAGAAUGUGUGACCCGCACGCCAAGUUCACCUGUAAAAUCUCAGGUAAAUGUGUCAGCAUGAACUGGGUGUGUGAUGGUGACCAUGACUGUGAGGACCUGUCAGAUGAAGAGGGGUGCGAAACGUCCCCAUGUAAGCCCCCCAAAUAUCCCUGUGCCAACGACUCCUCCAUCUGCCUGCCACCUGAGAGCAUCUGCAAUGGGAGAUUUGACUGCUCUGACCACUCUGAUGAAGGGCACUUCUGCGACAACUGCCUUCUGGGAAACGGAGGCUGCAGCCACCAGUGUGACGUCGCACCUGGGCGCGGGGUCGUCUGUUCCUGCCCAGCUGGGCUCAGUCUCAGCCCGGACGACCGGACCUGCGAGACCCUGGACUACUGCUCCAGGCACCUGAAUUGCAGCCAGGUGUGCGAACAGUACAAAACCACUGUGAAGUGUUCCUGCUACCCAGGCUGGAGGCUUGCACCAGAUGGGGACAGCUGCCUGAGUACAGAUCCCUUUGAGGCGUUCAUAAUCUUCUCCAUCCGCCAUGAGAUCAGGAGGAUAGGUCUCCACAGAGGAGAAUACAGCCUUCUGGUUCCUGGUUUGAGGAACACCAUUGCCUUAGACUUCCAUUUCAAUCAAAGUUGGCUUUACUGGACCGAUGUCGUUGAGGAUAAGAUAUACAGAGGGAAACUGCAAGGUUCUGGUGGUGUGACAGGGAUUGAAGUGGUGGUCCAACAUGGAUUGGCUACUCCAGAAGGUCUGGCUGUUGAUUGGAUAGCAGGGAAAUUGUAUUGGAUUGACAGCAACCUAGAUCAGAUAGAGGUUGCCAAACUGAACGGGGCACUCCGGACUACGCUGAUCGCAGGUGGCAUGGAGCACCCACGAGCCAUUGCUCUGGAUCCUGAGCAGGGAGUGAUCUUCUGGACUGACUGGGAUGCCACCUUCCCUCGGAUUGAGGCUGCGUCGAUGAGUGGCGGUGGACGUCAUGUCGUCUUCAGAGACAUGGAGAUAGGAGCCUGGCCCAACGGUCUCACCCUGGACCACAUGGAGAAGAGGAUUGUGUGGACAGAUGCCCGGUCGGAUGCCAUAUUCUCUGCCUUGUACGAUGGGACUGGCAUGAUCGAGAUCCUGAGGGGACACGAGUACCUGUCGCACCCGUUCGCUGUCUGUCUGUAUGGGGGUAGCGUCUAUUGGACUGACUGGAGAACCAACACCCUGGCCAGAGCCAACAAGUGGACGGGGGCCAAUGUGGCUGUCAUCCAGAAGACCAGUGCCCAGCCCUUUGACCUACAGAUAUUCCACCCGAGCCGACAACCGCAAGCCCCAAAUCCUUGUCAGGCUAAUGGGGGCCUUGGACCCUGUUCACACCUGUGCCUUAUAGACUAUAACCGGACCUUGUCCUGUGCCUGCCCACACCUCAUGAAGAUAUCUGCCGACCGCAGUACCUGCCACACCCUGAAGAGAUUCCUGCUGUACGCCCGGAGAACAGAGAUCCGCGGCGUGGACGUUGACGACCCUUACAUGAACGUCAUCACGGCCCUGACGGUGCCCGACAUAGAUGACGUCACAUCGGUGGACUACGACGCUCUGGAGGAGCGAAUCUACUGGAGCGACGUCAAAACCCAGACCAUCAAACGUGCCUUCAUCAACGGGACCAUGUUGGAGACCAUCGUAUCCGGAGGUUUGGUCAAUGUACGAGCCCUGGCGGUUGACUGGCUGUCCAGGAACCUGUAUUGGGUUAGCUCAGAGAGUGAAGAGACACAGGUCAACGUUGCUCGUCUUGACGGCUCUCUGAGGACAUCAGUGGUUUAUGGGAUUGAGAAGCCAAAGUGUCUGACAGUGCAUCCAUCUAAAGGGAAAAUGUAUUGGACAGAUGGCAACACUAUUAACAUGGCUGACAUGGACGGAAGCAACAGCAAGAUCAUUCACCAGAACCAGAGAGAACCAGUUGGCCUAUCGAUAGACUACAGAUCAGACAAGCUCUAUUGGAUCAGUGCAGGCAACGCCACGGUCAACAGGUGCAGUUUGGAUGGAAGUGGUCUGGAGGUGCUAGUGACCAUGAAGAAAGAGCUGGUCAAGGGAACGGCUCUGGCCGUUAUGGGUGCCAAAUUGUGGUGGGCAGAUGACAGCCUUGCCCAGGUGGGAACCGUCCGUAAAACGGAUGGGCUGGACAUUGUGGUUUUACGCAACAAAACAACAGGGAUCGUUCACAUGAAGAUGUACGAUAAAGACAGUCAGUCAGGGAGGAAUCUCUGUCAGGUCAACAACGGCGGCUGCUCCCAGCUCUGCUUCCCGACGUCAGACAGCACACGUGGCUGUUCCUGCACCACAGGCUACAGCCUUCACUCUGAUCGCAUGUCAUGCAAAGGCAUCGGGUCCUUCCUGAUGUACUCAAUUCACGAGGGCAUCAGGGGAAUAUCUCUGGAUCCCAGUGAUCACAGUGAAGCGUUGAUGCCAGUGACCAGCUCAGUGAUGGCCGUAGGGAUUGACUUCCACGCGGGAAAUGACACGUUGUAUUGGACAGACAUGGGCUUGAACAGAAUUUCCAGAACUAAAAGAGACCAGACUUGGAAGGAGGACAUUGUCACUAGUGGCAUAGGGCGUGUGGAAGGGAUCGCGGUGGACUGGAUCGCAGGUAACAUCUACUGGACGGACCAUGGCUUCAACCUUAUUGAGGUAGCCCGACUCAGUGGCUUGUACCGAGCAGUGGUGAUCGCAGAAGGACUCGACCAGCCCAAAGCCAUUGCUGUUCAUCCAGUGAAAGGGUUCCUGUUCUGGACUGAGUGGGGCCAGAGCCCCUGCAUUGGCCGGGCCCGGCUGGACGGAUCGGACCAAAUAGUGCUGGUCAACACCGCGGUAACCUGGCCCAAUGGUAUCUCCAUAGACUAUGAGGAAAAUAAAUUAUACUGGUGCGACGCCCGCGCCGACAAGAUCGAGCGGAUCAGCCUUGAAACCGGCGAGGACCGGGAGAUAGUAUUGUCAUCCUCAACAAGCAACGCGGCGAAUCUGUUUUCACUGGCAGUCUAUGGGGCUUACAUAUACUGGGCUGACAGGGCUCAUGCCAACGGCUCCAUUCGGCGAGGGGUCAAGAGUGAUGGGACGGAGGUUGUGACUCUGAGGAGUGGCCUGGGGGUCAACCUGAACGAUGUCGAAGUCUUUAACCAUGGACGGGAGAAAGGUACCAACCCGUGUGGUCGGAACAAUGGAGGCUGCAGUCAGUUGUGUUUCCACCAGGGCAGUGGGAGAAGAGUGUGUUCCUGUGCCCACGGGUACCUGGAUAAAGAUGGCCUAAGCUGUCGCCAGUAUGACGGCUAUCUUCUCUACUCUGAGAGGUCAAUCCUGAGGAGUGUCCAUCUGUCAGACGACAGCGACCUCAACUCUCCCAUCAGGCCCUAUGAGAACCCUGCCUACUUCAAGAACAUCAUCGCUCUUGCGUUCCAUCAUCGACAGGACUCUGGCACAAACCUGAUCUUCUACAGUGAUGUCCAUUUUGGGAAUAUACAGGUUGUCAAUGAUGACUGGACUGGCAGGAGGGUGAUCGUUGAAAAUGUGGGUUCAGUGGAGGGCCUGGCGUACCACGCAGCCUGGGACGCGCUUUACUGGACCAGCUCCACCACGGCCACCAUCAGCAGGCACAGCCUGGACCAGAGUCUCCCCGGGGCCUUUACCAGAGAGGAUGUGGUCUCCCUGGCACGGGACGAUCAUCCGCAUAACCUGGCCCUGGAGGAGUGUCAGAACCUGAUGUUCUGGACUAACUGGAAUGAACAGCGUCCCAGCAUUAUGAGGUCCACCCUGGCAGGGAACAACAUCCAGAGAGUUGUGACCGCAGAGCUCCUCACACCGAAUGGACUAACUAUCGACCACACAGCCGAGAAACUCUACUUCUCUGACGGCAGCCUGGGGAGGAUAGAGCGUUGCGAAUAUGAUGGCUCACAUAGAUAUGUGAUCGUGACGGCAGGUCCAGGAACCUUCUUUGGCCUUGCUGUUUAUGACAACUUCCUGUUUUGGUCUGAUUGGGUACACAAGACAGUGGUUCGCUCCAAUAAGUACACAGGUGGUGACAUAAAGAUUCUUAGAUCAGACAUCCCCCACCAGCCCAUGGGAAUUGCUGCUGUUUCCAACAAGACCAACAACUGUGAACUGUCCCCAUGCAGAGUACUAAACGGUGGAUGUCAUGACCUUUGCCUCCUGACUCCUUACGGCACGGUCAACUGCAGCUGCAGAGGGGAGAGAGUUCUACUAGAAGAUAAUCGAUGUGUAUCUGAGAACUCAUCAUGUAACAUCCACACAGAGUUUGAGUGUGGAAACGGGGAAUGUAUCAGCUAUCAACUGACAUGCGACGGAAUAGCCCACUGCAAAGACAAGUCUGAUGAGAAGAUGCAGUACUGUGAUAACAGGAAGUGUAGAAAGGGCUUCAAGAGCUGCUAUAACCAGCGCUGUGUGGCCAAUGGACGGGUCUGUGACGGGGUUAAUGACUGCGGAGAUGAUUCUGAUGAGGUUUAUUGUAACAACGCCACAUGCCCUCAGUCCGACUGGCGUUGUCGGGACGGAGUUUGUAUUCCGGCCUCGGCUCACUGCAAUCAGAUAAUUGAUUGUCCUGAUGCCUCAGAUGAGAAGAACUGCAGUGACACAGGCUGCUUGGAUUACUACAAGCUGGGGGUGAAGGAGACUGUGUUCGUCAGCUGCAACUCCACCUCCCUCUGUGUCCACCGCUCCUGGAUAUGUGACGGAGCCAACGACUGUGGAGACUACGCGGACGAAAGCGACUGCCUGGCUCCGUCCCUCAGGAAGGGAUGUGAAGAAGGCCAUUUUGCCUGUCCCAGUGGAAACUGCAUCCACACUGUCUGGCUGUGUGACGGCGUGAAAGACUGCGAGGACGCAGCGGACGAAUUCCAGUGCGACUCAUCCUGCCUGUGGAAUCAGUUUGCCUGCUCUAAGAAGAAAUGCAUAGCCAAGCAGUGGCUUUGUGAUGGAGAAGAUGACUGUGGGGAUGGAGUGGACGAGAGUGAAGAGAUAUGUGGCACCGCUACUUGUGGUCCGGGCCUUUUCAGUUGCCCAGGGUCGUACGCCUGCGUUCCCAGACACUGGCUAUGUGACGGGGAGAGGGAUUGUCCAGAUGGGAGCGAUGAGUUGUCUGCUGCCGGCUGUGUCUUGAACAGCACGUGUGUCGAGGGCAUGUUCCGGUGUCGCAACCAGGCCUGCGUCCACCAGCACUUCGUCUGUGACCAUGACGACGACUGUGGAGACGGCUCUGAUGAGACCCCGGAGUGUGAAUACCGGCCCUGCGGUCUCGGGGAGUUCCGCUGCACAGAUGGCCGCUGUUUACCCAUGGUCCAGUGGGAAUGUGACGGCCACCCUGACUGUCUGGACCAAUCAGACGAGCUGCCACACAACCCAAAGUGUUCUGCUGCAGAGAGCUUGUGCAACGGCUCGUUCUUCAUGUGCGCCAACGGGCGCUGUGUCUCACUGGUCAGCCUGUGCGACCGGAGGGACGACUGUGGCGACGCGUCAGACGAGAGGAACUGUCAUGUCAACGAGUGUCUGAAUCGCAGGGUCAGUGGCUGCUCACAGGACUGUGAAGACCUGCCGGUCGGGUACAAGUGCAAGUGUUGGCCGGGAUUUCGCUUGAAGAACGACGGCCGAACGUGUGUUGACAUUGACGAAUGUUCAUCCGACUUCCCCUGUAGCCAGCUCUGCGUCAACGCGUACGGAUCGUACAAGUGUCUGUGCGCAGACGGUUACGAGAUGCCGGCGAAGAACUCUCAUAGCUGCCGCUCUCUCUCAGCUGAAGAACCCUUUCUGAUUCUAGCCGACCACCAUGAGAUCAGGAGAAUAAGCACUGAUGGCUCCAAUUAUGCUCCCCUGAAACAGGGCCUCAGUAACAUAAUAGCGCUGGACUUUGACUACAGGAAGGAACUGAUUUAUUGGAUCGACUCCAGCUCUCCCUCCCUAACUCAGCGGAGGAUCAACAGGAUGCGUCUGAAUGGGAGCGAUCUCAAGGUCAUCCACAGGUCUGCGACGCCGAGUGCGCUGGCAGUGGACUGGAUAGGAAAGAACCUGUACUGGACUGACAUAGGGAAGAAGUGCCUGGAGGUGUCCAAGGCCAACGGCCUCUAUCCUAUAGCCCUGAUCAACACUGGUUUGGAUAAUCCCACUGACCUUGCUCUGGAUGCCGCCACUGGAUAUGUGUUCUGGAUCGACAAUGGAGAGCAUCCUCAUAUUGGAAGAAUAGGUUUGGAUGGCAGCAGUCGCACAGUGGUUAGUGAUACAGACGUUUUCAGCCCAGCAGCUCUCACCAUCGACUACACAGCCAACAGACUCUACUGGGCAGAUUCACACCGCAUUCUCUUCUCAAACAUGGACGGUUCCAACAGGCAUAAUGUGCCUGGUCAAGACCUCCGGGAGGUGUGGGGGUUAACUCUAUUUGAGGAUUUCAUCUAUUGGACGGACGAGAAGUCCAAAUCACUGAACCGAGCCCACAAAACCUCUGGGGCUCAGAGAGCAGAGCUGCUCAGUUACUGGAGAGCCAUCCACAACAUCAAGGUGUUCCACCCUCUUCGUCAGCCCGACGUGCCCAAGCACCAGUGCCAGGUGACCAACGGAGGCUGCAGCCACCUGUGUCUGCUCUCCCCCGGGGGAGGUUACAGGUGCGCCUGCCCUGCCCACUUCUACCUGGCUGCAGACAACAAGACUUGCCUGUCCAACUGCACGGCCAGUCAGUUCCGCUGUGGGACAGAUGAGUGCAUCCCCUUUUGGUGGAAGUGUGACACGGUGGAUGACUGUGGGGACGGCUCUGAUGAACCUUUGGACUGCCCUGAGUUUAAAUGCCAGCCCGGAAGGUUCCAGUGUGGUACUGGUCUUUGCACUCUGCCCCCGUUCAUCUGUGACGGUGAGAACGACUGUGGAGACAACUCUGAUGAAACCAACUGUGAAUCCUACAUAUGUCUGUCUGGACAUUUCAAAUGCAGGAAGCAUCAGAAAUGCAUCCCCUUGAAUCUGCGCUGUAAUGGACAGGAUGACUGUGGCGAUGGAGAGGAUGAGACUGACUGCCCUGAGAGCACAUGCUCGGCCAACCAGUUUCAGUGCAAGACCUCCAUGCACUGUAUCUCCUCUCUGUGGGUGUGUGACGAGGACCCAGACUGCACGGAUGGCUCAGACGAGUCCGACUGUGACGAGAAGACCUGUGGCCCUCAUGAGUUCCGGUGCCAAAACAACAACUGUAUUCCGGAACACUGGAGGUGUGACGGACAGAGUGACUGCGACGAUAAUUCAGACGAAGACAACUGCAAGCCAGCCACGUGCCCCUCCAAGGACUUUGUGUGUGCCGAUGGCGAAUGCAUCUCUUCACGGUUCCGGUGCGACGGCGACAGUGACUGUGCCGAUGCCUCCGAUGAGAAGGGGUGCGAGACGCGCUCGUGUCCCGAGGACCAGUUCCAGUGUCUCAACCACCUCUGCGUCUCCAACAAGUGGCUCUGUGAUGGCCAGGAGGACUGCAAGAUGGGGGAGGACGAGAGGAACUGCCAAGGACCUGCGGUUCUUCCCUCCUGUGCUCUGAGUGAGUACGUGUGUGUCGCGGGAGGCUGUGUGGCGGCCAGCCUGAGGUGUAACGGCCAGAAGGACUGCUCGGACGGAUCUGAUGAGGUAGACUGUGUGAUGGAAUGCAGAGAGGAUGAGUUCAUGUGCCUGAACAGAGCCCACUGCAUCCCCAGACGCUGGCACUGUGACGGCCUCCCUGACUGUGUGGACCGCAGUGAUGAGCACAACUGUUUACAGGCAGCUCAGUCCUGUCGCCCGGAUGAGUUCGUCUGUAACAACACGCUGUGCAAACUCCUCAUCUGGGUGUGUGAUGGAGAGGAUGACUGCGGGGACAACUCCGACGAAGAGUCAGACAUGUGCGCUAAACUGCCGUGUCCGCCGAGCAGACCCUACCGCUGCAAGAAUGACAGGGUGUGUCUGCGCUCGGAGCAGGUGUGCAAUCGAGCGGACGACUGCGGGGACAAUUCAGAUGAAGAAGACUGUGAGAAAUUAAUGAGAGGCCCUAGGCCUUGUGGGAAGGCAGAGUUCACCUGCAGCAACCACCGCUGCAUCCCCCAGGAGCUGCAGUGUGACCUCUUUGAUGACUGCGGGGAUGGGGGCUCAGAUGAAAAGGACUGUAAAGCGUUUUCCGUGGAAGAUGUAUGUGGAGAGAGAGCGGGUCUUUGUGGGGAUGAUGCAGUCUGCAACAACACAGGGAAAGAUUCACUCUGUCAGUGCAAGGCUGGCUUUCAAAGGAGCCCGAGGACACGUCAAUGUGAAGAGAUCAAUGAAUGUCUUCAGUUUGGCAUGUGCUCUCACUACUGUACCAACACUAAAGGAUCCUUCAAAUGCACAUGUGACCGUAACUUUAAAGAAAUCGAUGGUGAAUGUAUUACCAAAGGACCAGAGGAUCAAGUGCUCUACGUCGCUAAUGACACUGAAAUCCGAAGUUUUGUCUAUCCGUUUAAGCAGAGCCAUGGACAGAAACUGCAUGCUCGCAGCGAGGACAAUGCAAAAAUCGUUGGGAUGGAUGCUCUCUUUCACAGACAGAAGUUUGUCUGGGCUACUCAGUUUAAUCCUGGUGGAAUGUUUUACAAAGACAUCGUAGACCGAAGUCUCACUAAGACCAAUAGCGGAAUCAUAUGUCCUGACUUCAGGAAGCCCAGAGACAUAUCUGCAGACUGGGUGACGGGUAACAUCUACUGGACCGACCACUCCAGGAUGCACUGGUUCAGCUACUACGUCGCCCACUGGAGGAGGCUGAGGUAUUCCAUCAACGUGGGCCAGCUGGGAGGGCCGAACUGCUCUCGCCUGAUCACCGACAUCGCCGGGGAGCCGUAUUCCAUCACGGUUAACCCAGCCCGAGGGAUGAUGUACUGGACGGUGAUAGGGGACCACCCCCACAUCGAGGAGGCAGCCAUGGAUGGUUCUUUGAGGAGGGUCAUACUGGAGAAGAACCUCCGGAGACCAACUGGACUUGCCAUAGACUAUUUCAACCAGCGUUUGUACUGGGCUGAUACAGAGAUGUCUGUGAUCGGGAGCAUUCGCUUCGAUGGAUCCGACUCCGUGGUGGCGGUGAGCAGUUCAAACGGUAUAUCCCAGCCUGUGAGGAUUGAUAUCUUUGAGGACUACAUCUAUGGGAUUGGGAUGAAGAACGAUGUCUUCCGUGUCCAUAAGUAUGGCAGACAGCCUGUGGAGGGGCUUCAUCUGGGUGUGGAGAGACCUUCCAUCAUCCUGGUUCUCCAUCGCUUUAAACAGCAAGAGGUGUCCAAUCCGUGCGCGAGGAUGGGCUGUGAAUUCCUGUGUCUUCUGAACCCUUCGGGAGCCAGCUGCACCUGUCCUGAGGGGACCACGCUGAUCAACAGGACCUGCAGGGACAGCAACACUUCAGGUGAGCUGUGUCGCCCGGCCUGUGAGAACGGAGGGCGAUGCAUCACCAAUGAGAAGGGAGAGCUGCGAUGCAACUGCUGGCCAAAUUUCUCUGGGGAGCGCUGUGAAGUCAACCACUGCAAAGACUACUGUCAGAAUGGGGGCACCUGCUCUGGCUCUCCACUAGGGAGGCCUACGUGUCGCUGUGCAGAGGGAUUUACAGGGUCGGUCUGUCAGAGGAGGGUGUGUGAUGGCCACUGUCUCAACGGGGGUACCUGCGAUGUCAGCAGGGGGAACCAGCCAGUGUGUCAAUGCAUGUCUGAGUACACCGGGGAGCGAUGCCACCACCAUAUCUGUCACCACUACUGCACCAACUCCAAGGCGUGUACCCUGUCAAGCCGAGGCCACGUGGAGUGUGUGUGCCCGACCAGGUAUGAGGGGGCCAAAUGUGAGGUGGACAGAUGCAUCCGGUGUCGGGGAGCGCCGUGCCUCGUGGACCCAGAGACAGACAACGUAUCCUGCAACUGCAGCGGCGGCAGGUUGGCGGCGAGCUGUCAGCUCUGCGACGGUUACUGUUACAAUGGGGGGACCUGCCACCUUGACCCCGAGACCAGCCUUCCGCUCUGCCACUGCACGCCUGGGUUCUUGAACCAGCGCUGUGACCAACUGGCCGACCCGUGUGAUCACUACUGUCAGAAUAGAGGGAUUUGCACAUUAACUGCCUUAAACAAACCCCAGUGCAAGUGUCAAGCAGAUUGGUCAGGUACUCAGUGCGAGAGGCCAGCGCCUAAGACCAGUCCAUCUGGAAACAUCCACGGGGGGAGCUUGGCCAUCAUUGUUCCGCUGGUCCUCCUGGUGAUUCUCAUCACCGCCAUGACCACCGGCGUUUUCCUAUGCAAGAGAAAGCAGAGGGGGAAGAGAGUCCGGCGACAGCCUAUGGUGAACGGUGGGAUGAACAUAGAGAUCGGUAACCCUUCGUACAACAUGUACGAGGUGAACCACGACAGUCACUCCGAAGCCGGGAACCACCUGCAGCCGAGCUUCACCCUAGACCCACACAAGGGUUGGUGUGUUGGCAUGAGGUCCAGUCAUCUACACACUCUGCCGGUUCACCCUGAAAGAGUUCAUCAUCUCCCCAAGGAGAUCCUUCCUGGACAGUCCAUAAAAUACUCAAACCCGGUAUAUGCUAAGCUAUACCUUGAUCAAGGACAGAACUGUCAGAAAGCCGUCAUCAGCAUUGAAGAGAGAAGAGAGCUACUCCCAAAGAGACUGGAUGCCACUAUACGAGAGACAGUUGCAUAGCCUGGUCUGUUUUAACAGUACCCGGGUGACAUGAUAUUUUAUAUGAGCUGUAUAGAUGUACAAAAUGAUGAGAAGGAUUUUUUUAUAUGUCCAUAUGACACCAGACCAGGUGUUUUAUGACUGAGGCAUCAUCAGACAUCACUUGGAAGUAUAUCUUUUCGCUUUGCACUGGAAAAACAGCACCAGAAAAAAAAGACUUUGCUUUCAACUGUUUCCUUCAAAUUAAGUAGACUCUGCUAUGAUGUUAUGAGCUCACCAACAGUCACCAGCUGAUCGCUAAUUCAGUCGCUAAUCAAUAUGUUGCAAGGAUGAAGGUAACUUGUUGCAAAAUGUAUUUUCUGACAGGCUAAAUACAUAUGGUACCAUGGUGACAUUUAAGUAUUCAGUAUUUACCUUCUGAAAUGAUAAUGAAAGUUUUAUAAUUUUAUAUAUGAUUUAUAUAUGUCCAGUUUGCCUUGUAUUUUCUGACAAGAUAUUGCGUGUAGUACUUUUAUACAAACCUGUACAGUACAAUAGUAAUAAAUGGGGGGUUUCUUGACCUUUCAAAUGCA